AUGUCCAGAUAUGAAGAAAUGAUGGCGGCUGUUCCCGGCUGUGUUGAAGCUAUUCGUAAAUGCAAUAAGGAUGGAAGUUUCGCUUGCACCAAGGCCUUCCUCCAAUGUAACCGCGCACUGUUCAGUCCAUAUCAGGAGAAGGGUCUCAACCCGUACGACAUGCGUCAGAAGUGCGAACACCCGCCGCUUUGCUACGACUUUUCGCAUAUUGACAAGUUCUUGAAUGAUAAGAAAGUCCAAGAGGAACUCGGUGUUAAUACCAAGUGGCAGGAGUGCAACACUCUGGUUAACAUCCUGUUCAACUGGGACUUCAUGCACAAUUUCCAUCAACUGCUCAGCGAUCAAAUAGAGAGUGGCACACGUGUGCUGAUCUAUGUCGGUGAUGUUGAUUAUAGUUGUAAUUGGAUCGGUAACAAGAAGUGGGCACUGAAUUUGGAGUGGCAAGGUCAAGAACAAUUCAACAAGCAGGAGGAUCGGGAUUAUAAGAAUACAUCCGGCAAAGUUGCGGGGAAAGUACGCAGUGUUACUUUGGACAAUGGGGGGCAGUUCUCGUUCAUGCAGAGAGGCUGGGCAUAUGGUGCCGAUGGACCAGCCGGCGGUAUCUCUCCGUAUGCUCAACGACUUCCUCGAUGA